AUGAGCGGCAGAAGCGGAGGAGCCGGACACGUGUCGUCGUUUCGUUCGCUAAAGCCCCUGGAUUUGAGGAGCGAGGAGUCGCGGAAAGCGGCGAUCCCGCUGGGGCCGGAGGGCGCGGUGCUGCACGGGCGGCUCGACAACGGCGUGACGUACUACGUGCGCCGCAACGCCAAGCCGCAGCACCGCGCCGCGCUGGCGCUGGCGGUCCGCGUGGGCUCCCUAGCAGAGGAGGAGGCGGAGCGGGGAGUGGCGCACAUUCUCGAGCACCUAGCGUUCAGCGCCACGAGGCGCUACAGCAACCACGACAUCGUGCGCUUCCUCGAGAGCAUCGGCGCCGAGUUUGGCGCGUGCCAGAACGCAUACACGUCAGCGGAUGAGACGGUGUUUGAGCUGCAGCUGCCCGUCGAUAAACCCGAGCUGCUGCCUCACGCCGUUUCCAUCCUAGCGGAUUUUGCCAGUGAGAUCCGCGUGUCAGAGGAGGACGUGGAGAAGGAGAGGGGCGCCGUGCUGGAGGAGUGGCGGGAGAGGCGCAACGCCAUGGGGCGCAUGCAGGACGCGCACUGGCACCUGCUCAUGCAAGGCAGCAAGUACGCAGAGCGGCUGCCCAUCGGGCUGGAGUCAGUGAUCCGCGGCGUGCCAGCAGCGGCUGUGAAGCGCUUUUACCACACGUGGUACCACCCCGCUAACAUGGCCGUGGUCGCUGUGGGGGACUUUCCCGACGCCCAGGCAGUGGUGGACCUCAUAGCGGAGCACUUUGCCGCCAAGCUGCCGCUCUGCCCCUCCGCGCGCCCUUCAGUGCCCGAGGAGCCCUUCCACCCGCACUCACAGCCGCGCUUCUCCGUAUUCGUUGAAAGGGAGGCUGGCGGGUCAGCAGUGAUGGUGACGUGCAAGGCGCCCGUCCACGCCAUGGUGACCCCGUGGGACUACAGGCAGUAUCUGGUGGAGGAGCUAUUCCAGGCUGCCCUCUCGCACCGCCUCUUCCUGCUGUCCCGCCGCCCCAACCCGCCCUUCUAUGCCGCCGCUGCCACGGUGGAGUCGCUGGUGAAGUCCACGCGCUCCUUCUCCCUCAGCGCGAGCUGUCAAGACAAAGGGACGCUCAAGGCUCUCGAGGCGCUGUGGAUGGAGGUCGCGCGGGUGCAAGUGCACGGUAUAUCAGACAGGGAGCUGGCAAUGGCGCGAGUGCAGUGUCUAGCGGACAUAGAGUCAGCGUACGUGGAGAGGGAGCAGACGUACAGCGAGGCGCUCAGGGAGGAGUACCUGGCGCACUUCCUCAGGGACGAGCCCUCGCCUGGCAUUGAGUACGAGGCUCGACUCGCCAAGGCUCUACUGCCAGGCAUCACAGCAGCAGAAGUGGCAGCAGUGGCGUCAGAGAUCUCUCCCUGCAGCAGCUGCGUGGUGAAGAUCGUGGAGGCCAAGGCGCAGGCCACCGUGGAGGCGAUUCAAGGCGUCAUUGCCCGCGUGAUGCGCGCUAAAGAGGCCACUCUCGCUGCCAUGCGCGCUGAUGAGGCCAAGAGAGCUGCUGUGGAGGCUGAAGUGGCCACUAAGGCCGCACUGCAGGCCGAAGAGGUGCCGAGAGUUGCUUUAGAGGCUGCUGAUGCUGCUGCCAGGGAGAAGGAUGGGGAGGAGUCGGCAGGCGUGGUGGAGAGUGCUGGGGAGGGAGCGGCGGCAGCAGCAGCAGCGGCAGACGGGGGUGAAGAAGAGGUGGAGCUGAUAGAGCCGUGGACGCUAGACGACAUUCCCGAGAGCAUCGUGCAGACACCGCCCGUACCGGGGGAGGUGGAGGAACAGAGGGAGUAUCCAGGCGUGGGGGUGACGGAGCUGCGGCUGUCCAAUGGCAUGCGCGUGGCGGUUAAAUGCACCGACUUCCUUGACGACCAGAUCCUCAUAUCCGGGUACGCAUACGGAGGCCUGUCAGAGGUGUCGGAAGCCGACUACUACACGGCAGCCAUGGCGCAGAGCAUCGCGGGGGAGGCGGGCAUAUUCGGCCACCCGCCAGCUGUCAUGGCGGAGCUGCUGGCUGGCAAGCGCGUGGAGGUGGGCGGCAAGCUCUCGUCCUACAUGCGCGUGUUCUCGGGGGAGUGCUCGCCGGACGACCUCGAGACGGCCCUGCAGCUGGUGUAUCAGCUGUUCACGUGCAGCAUCAAGGCGGAGGCCAAGGACAUAGCGCUCAUCAAGCAGAUGACGCGGGAGGCCGUGCGCGGGCAGCAGCGCGACCCCUUCACUGCCUUCGCCAACCGCGUGAGGGAGAUCAGCUACGGCCGCAGCUACCAGUUCAAGCCAAUCACGGAGUCGGAUCUGAAAAAGGUGGACUACAGCAAGGCAUGCGAGUAUUUUGAGAGGGCGUUCAAGGACCCCGCGCCCUUUACUGCCGUCAUCGUCGGCAGCACAAAGCUUGCGCAGGCCUUGCCCCUCAUAAAGCAGUACCUGGGCGGCAUCCCAGUGCCCCCACCAUCAGCCGCCAUGCCGUGCUAUGAGCGCGACUCGCUCACAGCACUGCCCUUCAAGUUCCCCGACUCCCUCAUCCGGGAGGAGGUGAGGAGGGUGAUGGUGGAGGCGCAGGGCUACACGCAGAUCACCUUCCCCCUCAACAUCCCCGCCGGCCCCAAAGUCGUGGAGGAGACGAUGUGGGUGGGCUUCCUCACGAAGCUGCUGGAGACGCGCAUCAUGCAGCUGCUGCGCUUCAAGCACGGCCAG